CACCUCGUCCCCCCGCCUUUCCAUGCCGGCCCUCCUCCUCCGGCCGCCGGUCCUCCCUUCGACCCGGAGCUCCACAAACGGAUCGACAAGGUCGUCGAGUACUCCGCCAAGAACGGACCCGACUUCGAAGCCAUGAUUCGCGAGAAGCAGCAGGAUAAUCCCGACUACGCUUUCCCCUUCGGCGGCAAAGGCCACGGCUAUUACCGUUACAAGCUCUACGCCUCCACUCGGGUCGGGUCGUUCAACCCGAAUCCUCAAUUCCCUCCCCACAUGCUUCGUCCUCUGCUGAAUCCGAUGAUGAAUGGGCCGCCGAACCUGAUGAUGGGCGGCCCGCAGUCAUAUUUCUACGACCAGCAGCGGCAUAAUCAGCAGCCUUUCGGAGUUUAUGGGAGGUCCGAUUAUGACCAGGCGGCGGCGCAACCCUUUAAAGGGCUUUCGGGGUCGCUGCCUCCUGAUGUUGCAAUGGAGCUGAGCAAUGUGCUUAUGACGCUGAAUGGGACCAAAGAGUCGAUUAAAGGAGCCAAGUUUUGGUUUAUGCAGAGGUCUAUUUUCGCUCUGGCUCUGGUUGAGGCUCUUAGAGAGAGGGUGUUUGGACUUGAUGAUCCUGAGAGGCAGCUACAUGUGAUAUUUGUUGCCAAUGACAUUUUGUACGAAACCCUAAGA